AUUAUAGCUCAAUCAAAUUAAAAAUUAAAAUUAUAAAGUUUAUACAAAAUAAAAAAUAUUGUAAACAUUACAUUACACAGCCCAAACAAGUUAUAAUCUCAAAUGCAAAUAUUAUCGGUUUCGGGCCCAUUGAGGCCCAUGAGAAUGUCUUUGAUAAAACACAGUCCUCCUCCUGUAUCUUAUCCUUUCUAGUUUCAACUCCUCCAUUCUCUGUAGAGAAUCACACUGCCUGUAAUGGCGAUUCCAAUGGCAAUGGCCACACCUACAGACUCCGUCACUAGAGUUUGGAGCAUGUCUUCUCUCAGAUCAGCUCUCCCCACGUGCCGUUUGCCUUCCUCGAAUUCUCGCCGUGCAGUCACUCUUCGCCUCCCCGUCUCAACUCCUUCACCGCUCCUUCUCCCAUCUUUCUCGGGCCUCUCUCCGGUCAAUCCUCUCAUCUCAACCGGACUCCCAGAUUGGAAAAGCUUCGAGAGUGGAUUCAAAAUCAUCGACGGUGGUGGUCGCGUAUACGCCAUGAGACACGGGAGGAGAGUCCCGAAGCUGAACAGACCACCUGACCAGCGGAAAGCCCUUCUCCGUGGACUCACGACGCAGCUCUUGAAGCACGGGAGAAUCAAGACGACCCGAGCUAGAGCAAGUGCGAUGAGGAAGUUUGUGGAUAAGAUGAUUACUCUCGCUAAAGAUGGGUCUCUGCACAAGCGAAGGCAAGCUCUGGGGUACAUCUACGAGAAGCAGAUCGUUCACGCAUUGUUCGCUGAGGUUCCUGAUAGGUACGGGGAGAGGAAUGGAGGGUAUACGAGGAUCAUUAGAACUCUUCCAAGGAGAGGUGAUAAUGCUCCUAUGGCGUAUAUUGAGCUUGUUUAAGAGAGGUUGUUGUCCCUUUUCAUUAUUGCGUAAUUGCUUGACUUUUGGCUUUGUAAUCGACAGACUUCUUUGGUCAAUGUGGUUCCUUUCUCUUUCUA